AUGUUCAAACUCAAUUCCAAUAUAAUCUCUAAACAGCUACUUGUAUCAUCAUCCAGAAUGUAUUCCAGUAUCACAGCUCGAGCUCUCGUCUAUGACACUUACGGAGAACCGAAAGAUGUCAUCAAUGUCCAUAAAUACGAGGUACAUGCUCCACAGGGAAACGAAAUUGUGCUUCAAACGCUAGCAGCUCCGAUUAACCCCUCUGAUAUCAACCAAGUCCAAGGGGUUUACCCUUCUCGACCUGAAUUGACCACUGAAUUGGGCACCGAGAAACCCAGUGCUGUGGGUGGAAACGAAGGGCUUUUCAAAAUUGUUGCUGUGGGAGACCAAGUGUCAAAUUUUCAGAUUGGAGACUGGUGCAUUCCCAAGGGAGUGAACUACGGUACCUGGAGAACACAUCUUUUAAGUACUCAGGAUAAGUUCCAAAAGCUAGACAAUUCUGCAUUGACCAAGACUCAAGCUGCUACCAUUGCUGUCAAUCCUUGCACUGCCUAUCAAAUGUUGACAAUGUAUGCAGAUCUGAAGAAAGGAGACUGGUUUAUUCAAAACGGUGGUAAUUCACAAGUCGGCCAAUAUGCCAUUCAAAUUGGUAAAGCUUUAGGAUUGCAGUCGAUUUCGAUCGUAAGGGACCGUCCAGAUAUUGACGAACUUAAGCAACAAUUGUACGAUCUGGGCGCCACCAAAGUCAUCACUGAAAAAGAGAACGCUGCUAGAGAAUUUGGAAAAACAGUCAAAGAGUGGACGGGUGGUAAGCCAAUCCGUUUAGGUCUUAAUUGUGUUGGUGGUGAAAACUUGACUAACAUGGCCCGUAAGCUGGGUCAGGAUGCUGUAUUAUUGACCUACGGUGGAAUGUCCAUGAAACCUGUCACUUUGCCAACCACUCUGUUUAUUUUCAAGAACCUUACGGCUAAGGGAUUCUGGAUCACGGAGAACGGUAAGGGAGAUCCUAUUUUGAAGGAGAAAACAGUCGAGGCAGUAUUGGACUUGUACUCGAAAGGGCUACUAAAAGAAGUUCCUGUUAACCAGUUCAAAUUGGAUCUUGAGUCUUUGACUGACGAGAAGUACUUGGAAACUUUCCACAGUGCACUACAGAGCCAUGGUAAGAGUCUUAUUGUAUACGAGUGA